CGAAUUUUCGCCAUCUUGGGGAUCCACGCUUUUCCGAGCUCUUCGUGUUGUUAGGAAAUUUUGCAGAUUUAAGUGUUUGGAGGCGGUGAUUUUGCAGCCCUGAACAUGGAGGCUGUAAGAGCCUUCAACAAUGAGCUCUCCUCGUUGUAUGAGGUGAAGCCACCAGUGUCCAGGGCUAAGAUGACACAUGUCACAAAAUGUGCCAUCAAAGCCAUCAAGUUUUAUAAACAUGUUGUACAAAGUGUGGAAAAGUUUAUUCUUAAGUGCAAACCUGAAUAUAAGGUACCUGGACUGUAUGUCAUAGAUUCUAUAGUUCGACAGUCUCGCCAUCAGUUUGGGCAGGAGAAAGAUGUGUAUGCACCACGAUUCACCAAAAACAUUGUGGUGACUUUCCAGAACUUGUUUAAGUGUCCUACAGAUGAAAGGAGUAAGAUUGUCAGGGUGUUGAACCUUUGGCAGAAGAAUGGAGUGUUCCCCAUAGAAGUUAUACAACCGUUGAUGGAUUUGGCUGGAGAUCCUAACAAUGCAGAUCUAGCAGCUGCAGCUCAAAGAGCUGUGGAAAGAGUGGUUCCUACCCCCAAGUCUAGUCAACAGAAGGCCCAUACCCCUGCCAAGCCUGUGGAGAGUGCUAAGGUGAAGGCUAACCCGGUAAUGAAUAGCCAGGCCUCAGCAGAUAGCAUCCUCACCACACAGACUGACAUGCUGAACACAGUUAAUCAGCUUCUACAGCAGACACAACAGCCGCAGAGUUUAGAUGAGCAGCAGCAGCAGCUGCAUCAGUUGCAGAUCUUGCAGCAACAGUUGUUAGAGCAGACCCAGACGAUGCAGCACCCAGAGGACCAAGGAGCUGUGAUAGACAAUACACUACUGGCCCAGAUCCAAACCCUCACAAAUCAACUUCUCAGCAAGACUGGGGAUUUGAACAAGCCACCAGAACCUUCCUUUGACAAGAAGCUGUUAGACUUUGAUUAUGGAGAGAGUGAUGAGGAUGAUGACAGGAAGGAAGAAGCUGGGGCUCGUAAUUCCUCGGGACCUGUCCAGCAUCUACUCACUGAUCCAGCUUUAAUGGAGCAUAUACAGCAGAUGUCACAGACUAUUCAGAAAACAGAACAGUUAAAGAAUGAGCUCAAUAUACAGGAGCAGAUGAGACAGCAGAUGUUACAACAGCAGCAGGAGGAAUUUGACCAGCAAAUUAAUCAGGGCCCUGGUAUUGGCAGGCCCCCCAUGCAUCCAGGCCCCUCCCACCCUGUGAUGGCCCCGUACCCAGGAAUGAUAGAACCACCCCUCCCCCCUGAUUCCUCUCAGGACAUGGAAACGGAUGAUGUAAUCAUCAUACACGAUGACACAGACUUCCAAAGAGACCGUUCUCACAGAGGCAGGGACCGCUCAAGGUCUCCAAAAAGACGACGUCGCUCACGAUCUAGAUCGAGGGACAGAAGGAAAAGGUCGCGAUCAAGGGAUAGGCGCAGGAGGUCUCGAUCUGGUGACAGAGAGAAAGCAAGAGAAAAGGAAAGAGAGAGGUGGAAGAAACGCUUACCUCCAAUAAAGGAAAAACAUGUUAGUGUUUGUUCAACAACUAUAUGGGUGGGUCACUUGGCUAAACUUACCUCAGAGGAAGAACUAGUGCGAGAGUUGGAAAAUUAUGGUGCCGUGGAUUCAAUAAAUAUGAUUCCCCCACGAGGCUGUGCUUUUGUCUGUAUGAACAGAAGGAAAGAUGCUGCAAAAGCUGUGGAGAAAAUGAAAGGAUUAAAAAUUAAUGGCAGUGCUAUCAAGAUAGCAUGGGCGCCAGGAAAAAGUAUGAAAGACCUAGGUUUUAAAGACAUGUGGAAUGUGGAUUUGGGGGUGACGUAUGUACCUUGGGACAAACUGCCAACAGACCCGUCUCUCCUUGUGGAUGGGGGAAUGAUAGAUGAAGAUACCAUACCAGAUCAUUUGAAAGAAUUAGCAGCAGCCAUGCAUCAGACAGAAGCACCAACAGAAGAGAAGCCAGAUGCAGCCAGUGUUAACAAUGUCCCUGUGCCCAUUGGUCUUCCCCCCGGAGGACCACCUUCCCUUCCACCUGGGCAACCUCCGUUUCCACAAAUGCCAGGCCUGCCCCCAGCCAACUCUAUCCGUGUAUUGCAGCCAGGUCAGCCUGUAGGACUUUUGAACCCCAUGCUGAUCCCGAUGCCAGGACAGACCUUGGCUAACAUGCCUGGAGCUCAAGUGGGCAUGCAUCCUAUCAUGUCCCUCACUCAACCCAGGCUGCCUCAGGUGAAUGCUGCUGGGCCAAUUCCGUUAAUGUCCAUUCCUAACCAGACGUCAACCACGUCGGCAGGUUCCCAGCUCAAUGCUGCUAUACAGAAUAUUAUGUCAAGUAGUGGGGGACCAACUGCUGUCACACAGGCAGUCCCUGGGAUGGUCAGGCCAGGGUUCAGCGGUCCCAGGCCAGGGAUGUUCCAGCCUGGCUUCAAUCCCCCAGGAUUUAACCCCAACGUGCCACCACCGCACGUUCCUCCUCCAAACUUUCGACUACCUCCCCCUGCUUUUGGCGGCAGCAGUGCACCACUGGGUGACGGAGAUUCAACCCCAGAACAGGAUGAGGGUCAGGCAACUGUCACCAAAGUCAUCUCGAAUGACUGGCCAAGCAAAUUCCCAAAUCGUGAGGGAGACGAUAGGGAUCAGUUCCCCAAGACCCCUGGCUUUGGGCAGCCCCCUUCUGACAUUCGUAUGCCACUGCCUCAUGAGCAGAAUCUUCUCCCUAGCUCUCAAGCUGGGAAUAGACUGCCGCCACCACGGGGACCUGCCCCACCUGUGUUUAGUCAGCACAACAGCCCUAUGAAUGCCAACUCACCUAGACCUCUGUUAGGUCCACGAAUGAUGCAGCCAGAAAGACCAGACAUGAAUGGCCCGUCUGUUAGACCAUUCAUGGUGGGACCCCAGGGUAUAGCCGGGAUGAACAGGCCAUUUGGACCGGGUGCAAUGGGCAACCAGAUGAGACCUCAGGGGCCUGGUGAUAUGGGUGGACCUCAGCCUUUGAUGGGCAAUCGGUUCGGCGGACCACGUAAUCCUGGUCAAUCAUUGCUGGGUAUUAGACCAGGGUUCCCUGGCAGCCGGAUGCUGGGACCACCUCAACAGCGAUUUGGCUCAAACCCACCUGGUGGUCCAGGGGGUCCAAGACCCCAAAGCUUUGGCCACCCUAUGGAUGAUCGAAUACGACCGCUGUUUGGCGAUAGCCCCAAUAGACCGUUUGAAAGACCUGACUUUGAUAGAUUCGGUGAUCGUCCACGAUUUCAUCAUCCACGUGGGAAUGGUCCUGAUGAUAGGCCUCUUGUACCGGACCGAUGGGGGCCUCUGGACGGACCUCCAGGACUUGACCGAGAAAGGGACCCAGGAGACAGAGGGGGCCCAUUCAGAGAUAGGUUUGAAAGAAAUGAGUUCCGAAGAGACGAUGAUGGAAACCCAGACUGGAGAGUGAAUAGACGAGAAAGUCGCAACCACAGGAUGCCUUUUGAAGAUAACGAAAUGGCAUCUCCUGGUCGGCGGAGGGACUCUAGGGGUCGACAUGGUGAUCGGGAUGAACAGGAUAAAGGGGGUGACAGGGACAGGGAUAGGGACAGAGAGAGAGACAGGGACCGAGGAAGAGACAGGGAUAGGGACAGAAGUAGACGCAGUAGGUGGAGUAAUCUUGACCCUUCUCAGACAGGGGAAGCCAAAGAGAACUUCAGUGAACCUGCCGAGCACAUGGACGAUAGUGUUAACAUGGAAACUGUUGACAUGAAUAUAUCCGCCAACUCCGGCGAACAUGAUGAAGAAAAGACAAAAGGCUCAGUGCUCCAGUCAGCUGGUGUAGAAUCUGAUCUCAUGGCCCAGUCUCAGACCAGUGAAUCUAUAGACAAGUCACAAGUUGAUGUGGUGAAAGAACCAGAAGUGGGUGCUGGUACUGUGGAGGCAUUGCCUGAAGUACUAAAAGAACUACCAGAGGCCCAGUCAAAUACUGAUCCGUCUACAGGACAGUUAAACGAAGCCGCAAUGCCGGUGAGUGAAAUUUUAGCGACAAUACCCAGUGAACCUUCGGUUGUUCCGUCGGAGUCUAUAGACAGUGUUCCGGCUGCAGUGUCCCAGCACACGGCUCCGCCUGUAGAAACUGAACAGCAGCGUGAAGUAGACCAGUCCCAGGUUACUCCAGCAAACGGUUCCUCGACGCAUGCAAAAGAGGAGCCGGUUGUACAAAAGCAACCCAAUGACAUUGUUUUAAACGAGAGCACGGCCGAGAAGCCAUGCCCUGCAAAGACUCAGUCCCCGAUGGAAGAGGGCGAGUUGGAGCCGGGAGAGGUGUCCAGCUGAGUUCGGCUGUCUUUUAAUCUUCUGUGUGUAGUUUUAUUUGCCGUCACUAGAUGCUAAGUUUACGAGCAGCAGCAGUAUCUGUGAUGUACAUACAACUGUGCUAGCAGGUUUCUUUUCCUUUUUUUAUUAUUAUCAUGCACUGUUGAGACAGAAGUCCGUGCCAGCUGUGGCAGCUACCUGAUCCUAAGACUUGAACGCCGCAUCCGGAUUAUUUGUGUAUAGCCAACCCAUAAAUCAUUAUCAUUCGAAUUUAUUGAUUGUUACAAUGGGGUGGAAGCGGGGUAAUAAAGUGAAGUCUUUAUUUUAUAUCGGAAGUGGUAAAUAUCUUUGCUUUUGGUUACUCAGAACAAGGUAGGUACUGUCUGCACCACGUGUUGAAAGAUAGUGUACACGUAUCCGAAAGACUUGGGUGUAAUUUUGAGAUGGAAAAUGCUGUUCUGCGUUGUUCUAGGGACAUUUUUAACUUAAGUUAAAAACCUGAAGUAUUUACUGAAACAUGAUCGUGUGUGACUAAUGACAAUAUAAUAAUUCAUUCCAGAUGAAUGUUUCUGGUGUCACGAGUAUAAAUGUGGCAGUUGUGUAAUGUUUGUGAAUAAACGAACUGCCAAAAAAGAACACUGGCAUGUUCAUAGCUGUUAGGAAACGGUCCUCCA